AUGUCUCUCCCACCACUGCCACUUCCAGAUGGAGUUACCGAGGAUCAGAUCGACUGUACUUCUUCAUGCGGCCUGAACUUCCAUAUCCUCCAGGCUGGCGAACCCGGGCAACCUUUGAUACUCUUUUGUCAUGGCUAUCCCGAAUUGGCCUUUUCAUGGCGCAAGAUUCUACCCGCUGUGGCCAAAGCCGGCUACUAUUGCGUUGCCAUGGACCAGCGAGGAUAUGGCCGAACAACAGGCUGGGAAGAUAAACCAUUCCAUGAAGUUGAUCUCAAUCAAUAUACCAUGACGAACCUCGUUCGAGAUCUAGUCUGCUUGGUGUACCGACUUGGCUACACCGAAGUGGCAUCCAUCAUCGGCCACGACUUCGGCGGAGUGUCCUCUGCAAUGUGCGCCCUCAUCCGCCCCGACAUCUUCAAAUCCACCAUCCAAAUGAGCCACCCCUACCACGCUCCGCCCAGCCCUCAACUCGGCAACGCCCCCAAGAAACCCCCGGUCAACAUCCAAUCCGACCUGGCCGCCCUCACCCCACCCCGGAAACACUACAAAUGGUACAACUCCACCUCCGUCGCCGCCUCGCACUGGGACAACCCACCACAAGGCCUCGAACGGUACCUCCGCGGUUACUUCCAUCUCAAAUCCGCUGACUGGGAUAAGAACAAUCCCCAUCCGUUGUCCGAAUGGAGCGCGGAGGCCAUCGCUGUCAUGCCGGAGUACUACGUCAUGGCGAAAGACGACCCGUUCCCAGAGACGAUUGAGAAGAACAUGCAGGGUGAAGACUAUUCCAAGACGGAGGCAUGGUUGUCCAAGGAGGAUCUCGCCGUGUACGUGCAGGAGUGGAGUCGGACGGGGUUCCAGGCGGCGUUGAAUUGGUAUCGCGCGCAGACGGCGAGCACGCCGCAGAGUAAGAAGGAUAUGCUGUUGUAUGCGGGAGCGAGGAUUGUGGUUCCGGUGGCGUUUAUCAGUGGUAAGCAGGAUUGGGGGAAUCAUCAGCAACCUGGUGCCUUUGACUCGUACGAGAACGAUAAGGUCGUGAAGAAAGGAUGCUUCCGAGGGAUGACGCUGAUCGAUCAUGCUGGACAUUGGGUGCAGCAGGAGCAGAGUGAGAAGGUCAUUGAAGCGGUGCUGAAGUUCUUGGAGACAUUGUGA